AUGGAAGUGAAAUUAUGCGAAGAUGCUUGGAAAGUUCUAAGUGCAAUAAAGCAGACAAUUGUUUCGGAAAGAAUGAAAGAUACGCCAGAGAACGUUACGGAGGCAGCGAUUGAGACGUUUCUGGAGAUGAGCCGAAGAAAUGAUCAUUCGAAAGUGGAAGAGCUUCUUCAGAUAAUCCUGGCACAUAAGAACUACAUCACCGAGAAAAGUAGCACAGAGCUUGUGAGAAGAAUUCUUCUCUCCUUUAAGGAGAAGAAGGUUUAUCUCCAAGGACUCCGGGUAAUCAAGCAUUUUGUGAAAAGCGGGAGAUAUCACAUGUCGCACUUCAAGAUUCUUGUCGAAGACUGUUUUGGCCGGAAGUCACUAAAAACAAGGUCUGUGGAACUUGCAAAGAGAUAUCUGGAACUUGAGGAGUUUAGAAAGGAACUUCUAGGGUAUAUAUCGAAGCUCGAAGGAACCGACUUGAUAAGACACAUCAACUGUUUCUUCGACUCUAUUGCAGAUGGAAUUGAUGUUGUAGAGAAACUUGACUCAUUUGUGAAUCCGGAUGUUUUUGAGGGGAUGGAGACCGGCGAGGCAAGGGCACUGUACUCUGAAUGCUGUGAUAUGCUCUACAAAUAUACGUUGAUGGAGAUGGAGGUUGGAAUUCCGGAUGAAAAGGUUUUUGAAUACAUAGUGAAGAAGCUUCAGAUCCUGUUUGAAAUUCCUUUUCCCAGGGGAGGAAAGCUCUUGGAAACUCUUUCAUUACUUGCAGAAAAGGACUUGGUUGUUUCUUUAAGGAGCAAGCAGCAUUUGAUGAGAUGGGAUAAGAAUCUGAAGAGAGAGGUUGUGAAAGAGCUCUGUGAGUCGAAUUUGAAGAAUGACAAAAUAUACGAGUUUAUAAGAUCUGUAAGGCACGUCCUUGUUCCCGAGUUCAUGGAUCUAAUAAGACACAUGGCAAGGAACUUUGUGGAAGGAGAUGAUAAAUAUCGAUUUGCCCUUGGGGCAGUAGCAGGAAUUAUAGGAAUCGAGGAUCUAUUUCUGGUACUAGAAGACAUGGAAAUAGAGAUUAGGACAUGGGCACCAAUUAUCCGAUGUUCUUCAAAUGGAGACAUAUCGUUUUUCAUAAAGAUUCUCCGGGAUGUGGAGGAAAGAAAAGGUGUGGAAUCUAUCGACAGAACGAUUCUCUUGAACUGUAUUCCUGCAUUCUGCAACUAUGCAACUGAUCGUACGGGUUCAAUUGAAGGUCUCCUACAAAUCAUGAAAGCCAACCUAGGGAAUUCAAACGUUUUUAAUUCGAUAUGCACAGGACUAAGGAAGUUGAUGCAUUCCCACGAGAACAACAUCAAGAACAACUUGAUUCUUCGAAACCCGAUUCCUCCUGGGGAGUCGGAGAGAAUCCUCCACUCAAUCAGGAAAUCCGAGAUUGCUUUGGACAUUCUUUCUGUAGGAAUUGGGAAGUGCUCUGAUGAGCUGGAUCAGACAUUGUUCAAGCUACUGGAAACCGAUGAUUUUGGACUAUCGAGCAGGAUAUUCCAGUAUAUCCUACUCUACCCUCAGAUUGAGUCUGUUACAGUCGGAAAGUGGAAUCUAUCGGGGAUUUCGGAUGUAAUGAAGGUUGCAAGGUACUUUGUUCCAAAGAUGAACAGCGAUUUCGAGAUUUAUAGCAAGCUCAUGGAGUUCUGUCUUUCUGAGGACGGGGGAGCACAGAAAAGAGCAUAUCAGCUUCUGUAUCACAUGAAGAAGCAUCAAAAGAUUGAUCUGUGCAUCUGCGACACUUUAUUUUCCCACGAAACCGAUGAGAAGACAAAGGACUGCUCCCAGAAAUGGAGGAUUGCUCUUAUUUAUUCUGUUUAUACAGUCGGAUGCAAAUGCUUUUCCGAGCGGAAGAAAGAAUAUCUCAACAGGAUGCUUCCAGUGCUUGUGCUAGGUCUGAAGACAGGAAAUGCUAAGGCCCGAAAGGUUUGUCAGGAAAAUUUGGAUGAACUUGUAUCUGGGUUUUCAUCUUCCGAAUUUGAUUUCUAUUGUAGGCUAAUGGUUGCAGGAACAGCAUCGGAAAAUGUAGUUCUCAGAUGCGGAAUACUGGAAGCCUCUGUUGCACUAAUAGAGAGCCACAGAGAAAGACUUUCCCAAGAAUUCAUCCAGUCGAUGUACGAUGGCUGCCUCUCGACAAGUAGACUAGGAAGGGAAACUGUUCCCCAUGUUCUCAAAUUCUUAAAUAUCCUUGUUAGCACCUAUGCAGUGAACCCUCAGGGAUGUCUGGAAGUUUUAGAGCUAUAUGCAGACAAAUUCAAAAGAAGAUAUGCAGAAGACGUCAAGUCGAUUGUAUCAAGACUGAUUAGAAGAGAUGUGGAGAUCCCCAAGAGUCUCCGCCUUUUCUUGAAGGAAAGAAAAAGAAAAGGUCCUCGGGCAACCUUACAGAUAACGAAGAAAAACAACGUGAUGAUCACACAAGGAAAACAGAAACAGGAGAGCAUUCCGUUUUCGGGCCACAGAAGAACCGUCAAGCGGAACAAGAGACACAAGAAAUAA